UCCAACCAAAAACAAUUUUCCAUCUUGGCGCCAUUGAAAACAGAAACUUUCAAAUUUAAAUUCAAACCACAUUCUCUCGCUCUCAACUCAGUAAACACAGCGCAAUGUUCUUCCCAGAAGAAGACUCGCAAAAUCAAGAUCACGAUCCAAUAAUCUCCGAUCAACACUCACAACCACCGCACUGCUGCUGUACUCAAGGUCACAGAUCCACACUCUCCCUCCCGACGCAAAACCAAGACUCUCUCUUCUGUCUGCAUUGCUUCUCCAACCUCAUCACCAACUCACGCGCUCCGACGUUCCACGUCUCCUACGCUCUCUCUCAGCUCUCCCUCGCCCUUUCUCACCCGCCGUUUCUCCACGCUCUCCUCUCGCUCCAUCCGCAUUUCCUCAUCUCGCCUCUCGUACGCGCUCUCUCGGCGUUUGAUGACGACUCGAUCGCUCGACAGAUCGUUGAUAUUAUUAAUUCUAUCUGCUCUGAAUCUCAUUCGCUUGAUUUGUGUGUUGAUUUUGUUCUUGUAGUGUCUGAUUUUAUUUCUACCGGAACCCUAGCUUGGAGCUGCCGCCAAGUUUAUAUGCUUCACUGUUUUGGAGUUGUUCUGAACUGCUGUGUAAAUAAUCCGUACGGUCAAAUUAAAGACAAAGAUUCUCUAUUAUCCAAUCUUGUUACUGGUCUUCAGUUGCCAAGUGAUGAAAUUCGAGGGGAGAUUUUAUAUGUUCUAUACAAAUUAUCCGUUUUCCAAUGUGCAUAUGAGGAAGGUGACGGGAUUAACUCGCUUUUCGCCUUCUGUCCGAAGCUUUUGCAUUUGUCCCUGGAGGCUCUUUUGAAGACCCAGGAUGAUGCUGUCCGGUUGAAUUGUGUAGCAUUCUUGACAAUUCUUGCUCGGAAAGGGUUUUUUGAGAAUGUAUAUGCAAAUAAUUUAAGUAGCAUGAGUUCUGAUGAAGCUGAUAGUUGCAUGCAAACAGCAGACCAUGGAGUCGACAGUCAACCUCUGGAUCUCUUAUUUGCUGAGGCCAUUAAAGGCCCACUUCUUUCAUCUGACAGGCAAAUCCAAAUUAGCACGUUAAAUCUAAUCUUCCAGUAUUUGUCAUGGGAAGGAGCCUCGGAGAAACAGAUCCAAAUUUUGGUCAAAGAAAACAUUGUGGACUAUGUAUUCGAAAUUCUAAGGCUUUCAGAAUGUAAGGAUCCAGUUGUCAACUCUUGCCUUCUGGUUCUUGAUCUGUUUUCAACAGUCAUGGAAGGUUUUAAAGAGAGACUGAUUAUCGGAUUUUCAACUCUGAUUCCAGUUCUACAUUAUGUAUGCGAAGUUCCUUUUCAUCCUGUUCAAUAUCAAACACUGAAGCUCAUCUCAAAUGGCAUAUCUGAUUGUCCAGGAAUUAUGUCGACUUCUGAUAUUGAGGAAUUAAUUGUUGAUUUGGCAAAGAUGUUUAAGAGGCAUACCAAUGGGGAGAUGGGCAUGACUCCAGAAACAUUCACAAUAGUCUGCUCAAUUUUUGUUGCUGUUCUAAAAACCUCAUCUUUCCAAGGGAAUUCUGGUCUGUUAAAAUUGGUGGAAGAAGCAGUAAACGAUGCUAUUUUAGCUUGUCUAAAUAUCUCAGAAAAAAAUUCCAGCCAACUUUUACAUGCGCUAUAUCUACUUAAAGAGGCAUAUGGAUGCUGUGAUGAAAAACUAUCUACAAACAACUCUAGUAUUACAGAGUUGCAACACUGUAUUGUAGAUAUUUGCACAUCACAUAUCUUACCCUGGAUUAGAACAGUUAUUGAUGAAGUGGAAGAGGAAACUGUCCUGGGAAUAUUGGAAACUUUUCAUACUUUAUUGCUUCAUGAUUCCAUCCGAGUGACACAAUUCGCAAGGAUCUUGGUUACAUCAUCUUGGUUCAGUGUCUCAUUUGGAUAUCUAGGAUUAUUCCCUACAGAAAAAAUGAAAUUGAGAGUAUACCUAAUGCUCAGUUCACUUGUAGAUAUUCUUAUGGGAAAUGACACAGGACAACCUAUUCGGGAUGCUGUUUCAAGUCUUCCAACUGACCCAUUAGAUCUGUUAUUUCUGCUUGGGCAGAAGACUGCACAAAAUCCGUCAUUAUCUACUUGUCAGUCUGCAGUUUUGGUGAUUUUACAUACAAGUUCAUUAUAUAAUGACAGGCUUGCAGAUGAGAAGUCUAUAUUAGCUUCUCUAGAUCAAUACAUUCUUAUCAACAAAAAUGAUGCCAUUAGCGAAGAGGCAAUGAAGCAAAUGGUAAAUCUUUAUGGUCUUUGUCGGAGUGUUUCUGAGAAGGAUUACAGAUUCCCCUACAGUCCAGAAGCUGAGAGGAUUUUGUUUCAUCUGGUGACUCAAAAUGAAUGGGAUUUGCCGUCUUCAAGAAUUCACUUUGAGUCCCUGAAGUGGUUGUUUCAACAAGAGAAACUCAUCAAGCCAUUGUCUUACCAAGUUCUGAACUUUAGCAAAAGUAAUGGUUCAAUUGGGACCCAAAUUCUUGGUCAUGGGGAAAAUAAUCAAACUAUGAAUGUGCAAGUAAUAACAGAAUUGGUAACAUCAGAAGACAACUAUGCAGCUAGACUUCUAGUAGACUUAUUGAUGCACCUUGUUCAUGAAGAAAGCGAAGAUGGUGAAAUUACAUGUAUGGUAAAUCUCUUGGCAGCUAUCAUUAGCAUCUCUCCAGCAGCAGCUGAUCAAUUGUGUUUGAAUGGCAUAGGAAACACUAUCCGAAAUAUCUAUUACAAGCCUAGAAUUUUUUUAUCUCCGCAUACAUUCAUGCUCACCUCACUUCUAGUAUUUAAUAUUCUACAGUCCGUCAAUCCUGACGCAUUGUGUGAUGAUGAAGCUUGGCUUGCAGUGACUGUGAAGCUGAUGGACAGUCUUGCCCUUUUCAUGGCUGAAAAAAGCUUGUCUGCUGAAGGUCUUCGAGUAUUUGCCAUUUUUUCAAUUAUUUUGCAACAAUCCACCUGUAAAGCAUUAUGGGGAGCUUCUAAAGCCAUAAUUUUCAAUUCUACUCUGGCAUCUAUAAUAAACAGCACAAUUCAUGAGGCUUGUUCAAAGGGGCCAGCUUUAUUUGAUUACAACGAAGGAACAAGCAUCGGAGAAGCUUUGAUAUUCGUGCUUUUACUCUAUUAUUUUUCUUUAAAAAGUUUGCAUGUUCUUCUUCCUGAGGAUGUGAAUUGGCAAAGUUUACUUGAUCUAUCAAAUACGUCGCAGCCACUUACAUAUAUUAGAAUCUACUGCCAUGACUUAUGUAGGCUGAUGCAUUUUGGGUCCCCCCCAGUCAAGCUCGUCGCCUCAUAUUGCUUGCUGGAGAUAAUUAUAAGAAUAUCAGAACAGAUAAACAAGAAAAAUGAGGAACUUAAAUGCUCUAUAGGUUACCUAAUGUCUAUGGUGGCCACAUUAGAAGGCCUAGUAUUUUACAGCGACAUCAGAGUGUCGAUAAACUGCAGUCUUUGUCUAUCAAUGAUUUCAGGAUGGGAAAAACUGAAUAUGAAGGAGGCAAAGGUGUUUGCAGAUAAUACUUGGUGCAGACUGAUUGUAGAAGAAUUGGCAUUGUCUUUGGCUGUUCCUUGUUUACCAUCAAAGUCUUUCACUAAUUUUCACAGGCCUGCUGUUCAUGUAGCAGUUGCAUUGCUAAAGGCUCAAAAAUCUCUUCAGUGGAUGAGGACUGUGUUUGAUGAUCCUUGCAUUUCUGGUAUAACUAAAAACAUUGAAGCCAGUAAUGUCACCUAUGAAAUCGUGCUUUUAUUUAGGGAGCUGAUGAACUCCAAUUUCCUAAGGGCUGAGCAGAUUGCUAAUCUAAAUCGGGUGCUUCAGGAAAGCAGGAAAUAUAUUUACUCUGAAGAUUCCCAAAGUGAUUGCACAUACGAGCAUAUUAAGAAAAGGGUCGUUGCUAAGGGUGAUUUGGGAGAUGUCUGUGAGUAUCUCAUUCACUUAAUGUCAUCUCACACACCUUUAAACAUAGCUUCAAUUAAUUUACCAACAGCCAAAAGGUUAUUAUUUGAAGAAAUAGAAAUGUUUUUCAAGGAUUUGAUAGUAGUCGUUGAGGGUGACAGCUAAAUAAAUUGACUCCAGUGCUCGAAACGAAUAUAGAAAUGAACUAUAUAAAAGUAUAUGUAAUAUAUAAUUUCUAAUUGUGAUAGUGUACAAAUGAUAUGCGUUUCUUGAGAUAUUUUUAUAGUUAAUGAAAUCAAAUGCUGGCCAGUGACAGUAAUGUCAUUAGCAGCAGUUUAUGUUGAAAAAGAUUUAUGGAACUCUGGUUACUGUAAUCAAUUAGAAUUAUUGAAAAUGUGUCUUGAUUCAGGUUCUCCUUUUUAAAAAGGAUUAUAGUAACUCUGCGGACCUUUAAGUUUCUUUAAAGCAUUUUUAAAUUUUAAUCAACUUUCUGAUCAGAUGACCAUUUUUUACACAUUUUAUACUAAUUAUCCAAAAAUUCAUCUUCUUGUAAUGUUACAUUUCUAAGCCAAGAUAGAAUCAACUGAUCACAGAACCAUCAU